UGGAGAGGAGAGAGUGGGGAUUGUUCAAGCAGCGGAGCCUCCAGCCUGAAGCGCACGCAUGUUCAGUGGACUCGUAUGGUGCGAAGCCCCAGAUGAAGCACCCCGACGUCCGGGAAUGACAUCCGCUGUCAGUGGGAGUGACAGCUUUCACUCUGACCCACUCUACUAGAGCUGCUCCAGCUGACACCCAACACUGAUCCGGAUUGGAUCCAGCCAGACCAGGACUAUGCCAGAGAUGGAGAAAGGGAGACCACCGGAAAACAAACGCAGUAGGAAACCCGCGCACCCCGUCAAGAGGGAGAUCAACCAGGAGAUGAAGACAUUUGCAGAAAGCACCAUGAACGAGCUCCUGGGAUGGUACGGAUACGACAAGGUAGAUCUCAGAGACUCGGAGGCCAACGAGAUCAGAAACUACAGAGAGCGGCGUCAGCAUGUGUCUGUGCUAAAAGAAAACUCAUUGCCAAAAGUUAAAAGCCUGGACGCCAAGGUUAGUCAUUCAGUUCUGGCCAUGAAGAGCGGAGAGAGGGAGUCUUCGAGCGUGCCCUCCUCGUCGCCCUCCUCUUCAUCCACAAGUUCAUCCUUGACCACCCCGAAGGCGACAAGUGCGCCCGUCAUUGUUCCCCUAAUAAAGCCAUCAGCAGUGGAGGAUGUGCAGAACGUGCAGAUUGUGUGUGUUUGGUGCCAGAAGGAAGGCGUGAAACGCUACUCUCUCUGUAUGGGCUCAGAGCUCAAGAGCUUCUGCAGCGAGAAGUGCUUCGCCGCCUGCAGACGGGCCUACUUCAAACGCAAUAAGGCCAGAGAUGAAGACCUCCACGGUGAGCGAUCCCCUCAGCACCCCCACCCAGAGGACUCGCCCAGACUGGUGUUGAAAAUAAACAGCAAUGUCAGAUCUCUCUCCCCUGUGCCACAGGUAUGUGACUGGUGCAAGCAUGUCCGUCAUACUAAAGAAUACCUGGACUUCGGCUCCGGAGAGGAACGGCUCCAGUUCUGCAGCACCAAGUGUCUGAAUCAGUACAAAAUGGACGUUUUCUACAGAGAAGCCCGUGCAGCUCUUACCAGCACCAGCCCGAAUAGAACCAGUCAGGAGUCGAGGGCGGAAAGCAGUGUCACUGGCCAAAAGUUACUCACUCCUGAGUCUUGGAACUGCAACAACAGCACUGGGGAAGCCCGUCACAGAAAUCUCUCGCCUAAAGGAUCCGUAUUAAUCCACGGAUCAGCAGAAUCCACCUCUAUCUCCUCCUCGGAAACAUCCUCUUCUUCUUCAUCAUCUUCUUCCACCAAGGCCCCUGUCUCUGGGCUAAGGACCCUUGAGAGACCCAUCCAGCCUCCUCCACCUAUGCCUGCUAUGAAUGUCUCACCCCACCCUGCUCAACUUCCUCCUCCACCUCCUCGCCCCCCUCUGGAACAUCAACCCAUGCCUCAAAUGCAGAUCCCCUUCAUCAGACCACCCCUUCAUGCUCAGGGCCUCAAAAGUCCCCUUGCCAAUAUGCCCAGACACCCAGGCCCCCCCUCCAGUCCCAUCCACAGACCUGCUCACUCUCCUCGCCUGCAGCCCCCGACAUCAUCCUCCAUGAAUCCCCCUGGAAUGAUGCAUCCUUUUCCCGGAGCCUACUUCCCUGGCUUACACUCUCCUCCUCUGAAUAUGAUGCAUAGAGGUCCUGUCCCAAUGCCUCCCAUGAUGAACUUUGGUAUUCCUUCCUUUAGCCCUCUUCUGCCUCAGCCCACUGUCCUGGUCCCUUAUCCCAUCAUUGUUCCCCUGCCUGUUCCCAUACCCAUUCCUUUUCCCAUUCCAAUCCCUUCAAAGUCAACCCUAGAAACUCCAAGUCACAGUGGAGUUAUCCAGCCUGUGCCAGAGGGGACAGACCGGAGUAGAUCCAGGAUUACCAAGCUGCCGUCUCCAGGGAACCCUGAAGGCGACAGCAGAUUGUUCACCAACAAAUUGGGUGGAAUCUUGAAUCAAGGUCUCCCCUCGCCAAGUGAUGCUAACAUUAGGGACACCGAUUGGGUUAAGCUAGAGAGGCCAUUCCCAUCCCCAACGUCCACACUCAACAGCGCAACAUCCUCUCCGAGAGCACAGUAUAACGAUUCCCUGUGCGCAACGCCAGAGUCACUGACAGACUAUAAACCGCAGCAGUCAGAGCGACAAGUCAUUCAAAGGGUUCUUCAAAGGACCCAGGUGAAGCUGGAGCCCACUGCCAAUGGAGUGGUGGACCUAUCGGGGCAGGGGGAGUCCAUGACUGGGCAGGGUACCAGAACAGGGCUCCACAACAUCAUCAGACCAACCCCUCCUCCUCUGCCCGAGUCCCCUUCACAUGACUCUGUCUACCACCACCAGGACUCCCACACUCCUUCACCGUCACACACCCCACCCAGCCCCACAGGGAGCAGCCAUCCCAAUGAUGUCACCCCCUUUGCCCCAAAAUCUCAGGACCACUGUUCAAAUGGUACGUCCUCAUCGUCCACACCCUCCAGUCCGGACUCCUCCCAAACACAGAGAGUGCAAGCGCCACCACCACCUGACCCCACGGUCAGUGAGCUGGAGGCCAUCAAAGAGAACAAGUGCUCUGUUGUUGGCCCAGUGCAGGUUGAGGGCCAAGUCAGUCAAUCAGAGGAGCCUAUAGCAGUAGUCGGGGAGUUAGGAGAGAACCCACAUGUUCCUGAUGAGGAUCACGCCUAUGCUCUUCCCACAGCAUCAAAGACAGGUGGGACCUCCACCCCGCUGCUCUUGCCCAAGCUUAGAGACAAGGGCAGCCUGCGGAGCCCUGCUAAUCUUCCCAGUGCUGGAGACAUGGAGCCAGCUCUGAAGAGGCGAUGCCUACGAAUCCGAGAUCAGAAUAAAUAGAGGAUGGAGGCUCCCUGUUUAACACUGUACGGCAGUGCCAGAUUCAGUGCCAUGCCCUCUUGUGGACGACCUCAGAGCGAACACCCUUCCAGCCUCUCCUUCAGCCUGUCAGCCCACCAAAGUGUUGCUCUGCCUGUAGACCAGCAGGGUGCCAACCCAGGAAGCAGACCAGAUGGCUAUAUCAUCUCUGGAGGCAGGAAACAACACAGUCACAACGUUUUGUCCCGGACCAAAGAGUAUUUCUGGCGUGUGUGUGUGUGUGUGUUGUGUUGUGUUGUGUUCAGAUAUGACACGUCUCAGAUCUGUCUGACAGUAUACCUAACCUGUGUUUGAGUGUGUGUGUGUGGCUGUCCAGAUGUGCUUGUCCUCCCUCUCCUCCUCCUCCUCCUCCUCCUCCACCUCCUUCGCGUCUUCUUCUUCUCCUCUCGGCACUUCACACACACACACACACAGCAGACAGAGCUCUGAUCAGCCUUGUGUGGUCUUCUCAGAUGGAACCUGAACAUGAUCUCUUUCCAGGGGAAACGGUUUGUUUUCUGUGCCUGGCUUGCACAAAGAGCCACAUUGUUCCUCUCCCCAUAUCCCACGCUGACUCCCCACUCCAGGUUUUGGGUUACCUAGCUGACGGAGGCUCAGACUUCAGCUUUUUUUUCUAAUUUUUAAUUUUUUUUUUCACCAGGAAUAUAGUAUAACCUUCUCUGCUCCACCUCUACCUCCCCCUGCCCCCCCCACCCACCCAUCUAAAUAUGGUACACACUACACACACACAAGUUCUGUGAGGUUCGACUCCUCACAACCGAGUGCCUGUGAUUCCCUCCUGCUCCACUCGCGUCCUUCAAGGGAGGAGAGAAAGUCUGCUGAGAUUAAAGACUUUACCCUCGGGGGCAGUUUAUACACUGUGUGUGGAGAGAGAAGAGGGAGAGUGAGACUGUCUGUGCUGUUAAGAGACGGAUGAUUGAACGGUAGAACACAAUCACCGAGGAGAGGCGACGCUCCUCUGAAAACAUUAAAGCUGUGCAUGAAUGCUGGUGUACAGCUCACAGACGGUCUGUCUGCACUUAAGUUGUCCUGAUGACGCUGGUACAUGAACGUGUCACGCACAGACCUGCCCUCGCCGUCACCUGAUCUGCCAAAAAAAAACGUCAGAAUUUUUCAAUCACGUUUCAAAGUGCCAUUAACUUUUCACCGGGACAGUUUUCGAUUUUUCAAACAUUCGUGGCACAUGACGUAAUUUUUUUUUUUUUUAAUCUUUUCUCCUCCUGGCUCUGAUCUGAUGAUUUGUUUUUGUUUCUUUUUUUUAAAAAAGGAGAGGAAAAAAAUGGAUGUUUAAUAUUACCAAAUGUGGUAUUAUACUCAAUCAACCAAUGCUGUAGUAUGCAGCGAUCAGUAUUACAGUUCCCACUGCUGGGAAUACCUAAUGAGAUUUGAUCCGGCUAGAUCACAUAUAGAGGCUUUGUUGACCCCACUGCAAGGUUUCAGAUUCUCUAGUUGAACUCGACACGGAUACUAUUUGAUGAUAUUAUUAACUUAUGGGAUGACGCAUCUGUAGAUUUUCACACAAAGUGCUUUAUUUUCCUUCAUUUGUUGUUUUUGGUUUUUUUUUCUUCUUCAUCUGAUUGUAUUUCACGAGUGCUGAAGCUCUUACUACAUAUAUACUGUGUCCUCCCCACUAGAGAGCAGUGUUUGACUUUGUAACUUCUGCACCUGCCCCCAACCUUUUUUUUUUAUUUUCUUCAAGGACAAGAAAGGACCAGGAGGCCCGCAUAUUAUAGUGUAGCAUAACAAGCAUUCACACUGUGACUGAACACAACACUGCACUCGGUGCCAACUGAGUGAUCUUCCCCUCCGUGUUUUUGCUGCCAUUAUUUUAUCCCGAAAUCCGAAACCUUAGCCUAUUUCAGCCGUGUCAUACCAAGAAACCAAAAGGAGCCUCCUUCUCCUCCUAGAGUGGUCAUGAUGACCUACUCCUAGAAUAACCCCCAAAUGUGCCCCCCCUUGCCAUCAUUCCAAAUACAUGCCUGUCAGUUUGUGUGUAUGUGUGUUAGUGAGCGUCUGUGUGUGUGUGUGUACACGUGUGUCCACCGUUCCCUGCCCCCCCCCACUCAUUCCAGCCUGCAUCCUCACAACAGGCCAUGCCUUCAUGUCAGUGUCAUGCUUGGCUGGCGGAGGGGACUUAAUUCAAUGGCUUGUAUGAGUCGGUUUAUGACAUCACUCUGUUUGAAUAGCUGCUGUGUCAACGGGGGUGGCCCUCUGCUCUGACGCCGGGGGGCCAAAAAAAGACACACGGCGAGAGAGAGACGUUACUAGAAAACUGCCAUUUAUUUGGUUUAAUUGCACAUUUUAAUCAUUGCCAUGUCUGCUAGUGGUACAAUGUGUGUGUCAAUGCAAAGUUUUGACAAACAAUUCUCACACACACGCACACACACAUACAUUAUAUAUUAUAUUUUAUCACCUGCCCUGUCAAACAUGUAGCCCCUCUGUCUGAAUAGACUGUUCACAGAUUGUUUGUAUUUGAAUACACUUUCAGUAACCAAGAGCUUUAUUGGUGCAGACCUGUUUGUAAAGUAAAAUAAAUAAAAGUUAUUCUAAGAGCCUGAAA